AUGGGUCACAUUAUGGAUAAAGGAAUUAAAGAGAAACGCAUCCAGGAUUUUCCCAUAGUUCGGGAUUUUUCCGAGGUGUUUCCUGAUGAGCUACCAGGAUUACCCCCGUUACGGCAAGUCGAAUUUCACAUUGACUUAAUUCCUGGAGCAGCACCUGUAGCCAAAUCACCUUAUCGUUUGGUACGGAAGCUCCACGAUGAACACACAUGUUCAAGGUCCCAAGUGCACCCAAACCACCUUAAUGCGAAUAAAAAGGUUUUGGGUCAUAUAUUAGCAGGGAGUUUAACGGAUUGUAGGAGAGUGUACCGUGGUAAAGAAAUCAUGAAAGAUGUGAACCAACGGUUCAAUAUUAUCAUCUCCUACCACCAAGCAUGGCGAGCAAAGAUGUAUGCCUUGCUACUGUUGAGGGGGACCCCUGAAUCGUCGUUUAACCCACUCCCGGUUUAUUGUCACAAUCUGAAGCUAGCAAAUCCGAGGACUGUGACAGAGAUUGCUGUUGAUGGACUUGGACGAUCCGACAUGUUGUUUGUCGCACUCGGUUGUUUGAUUCGAUCGUUUCUAGGACACAUGAGAUCGCUUCUUAUAAUGGACGGUGCCCAUCUGAAGGGACCAUACGUUGGCACCAUGUUCUUAGCGGUCGGCAUGGAUGGAAACAAUGGGAUCGUACCUAUUGCAAUGGGAGUGGGGAAGACAGAAAGUGGGCUGCCAGCCAUACGAACUAUAUUUCCUAACGCACACCACGGACUUUAUUGUCGGCAUCUGAGCCAGAACCUCCGCCUAACCUCCACUAAAGAGAAAAGGAAACGGUGGAUGUUCUGGGAGGCAUGCAAAGCUUACAGGUUGUCAGACUUUGAAGCUACUAUGGAUCUGAUGUGGCACAGUCUACCUACAGCCGCUCAAUAUCUUGAGGAAGUUGGCUACGCUAGAUGGGCACGAUCGCACUUCUCUGGAUUGCGUUACAGUGCAAUGACAUCCAAUAGUGUUUGA